UUUAUUAGCAGACUCGCUUAAACGGCAAGCAGAGUCGUCCAGCCAUCGUAAUCUUAUUGCCUAAUCCUCGUUUCUUUUUAGUUAAUUUAGGGGUUUAUUGGCAGCUGUCUAGAGCAUUUUAUUUACGCCAGUUGAGCGAAAUAUUAAUUGCUUGUAAGAUUUUUAUAAAUUCCUGCGGAAAAAAACGGCUAUGGCGACAGCAAAUUUGGAUUGGGGAGCAGAGGCGGAUGCAGAGGAGAAAGAAGUGACGAACAAGAUGACCAAUAUUAACCUGCAAAAUAAGGAAAAUCCUCCUGCUUGGAUGGUCCCCUCUGAUCAGCCCGCCACAGCAGCAGCAACAACUCCUGAAGAAGGCUUGGCAGGAAGCGUUGAAGAAAGCGAGAAGAUAUCUGCAGCUGAAAAGUCCCUUCUACAGAAAGUAAUUCGCAAAGGUCUUGUUGAAAACCAUCAUGACCUGGAGGUUCAGCGAAAGGAUCCCAAUUCACCACUCUACUCAGUCAAGACCUUUGAAGCCCUAAAUCUUCGUCCUGAGCUUUUAAAGGGCGUCCAUGCAAUGGGAUUUGACGCUCCAUCCAAGAUCCAGGAAACUGCACUUCCUACAUUACUAGUUGAUCCACCUCAAAACAUGAUAGCCCAGUCGCAGUCUGGUACUGGAAAAACUGCUGCUUUCGUUUUAGCCAUGUUAAGUCGUACGGAUGUGACGAAAAAUUACCCUCACGUCGUUUGCUUGUCUCCAACUUUCGAACUGGCUAUUCAAACAGGCGAAGUGGCCAAAAAAAUGGCGAAAUUUUGCCCCCACAUUAGGAUUCGCUACGCUGUCAGAGGCGAAGAAAUUCCUCGUGGCUCUCAGUUGGACGAUCACAUUCUUAUUGGUACUCCUGGCAAGCUGCUGGAUUGGGGAACGAAAUUGCGCUGUUUUGAUCUGACUAAAGUAGAAGUAUUCGUCCUCGACGAGGCUGACGUUAUGAUUGCCACACAGGGGCACCAGGAUCAAAGCAUUCGAAUUCACAAGUUGCUACCGAAAUCGUGCCAGAUGAUGUUGUUCUCCGCCACAUACGAUGAGGACGUUAUGAAGUUUGCCGAAAUGAUUAUCAGGAAUCCGGUCGUGCUCAAGUUGCACCGUGAGCAGCAAUCACUCGACAACAUCAAACAGCACUAUGUCGUCUGUAAGAGCAAAGAGGACAAAUACCGAUCCAUAUCAAACAUUUACGGUGUUCUCACCAUAGGCCAAGCUAUGAUCUUUUGCCAUACAAGGAAAACAGCCUCCUGGCUAGCUGAGACCAUGAGCCGAGAGGGACACGCUGUCGCACUACUCAGCGGCGAGUUGGAAAUUGAUCAGAGAAUUAACAUUAUUAAUCGAUUCCGGGAAGGCAAAGAAAAGGUGCUCAUCACCACCAACGUGAUGGCCCGUGGUAUUGACGUCGAACAAGUCACCAUGGUCGUCAAUUUUGACUUGCCAGUGGACCAGAACGGAAGGGCGGAUUGUGAAACUUACCUUCAUCGCAUUGGCCGAACCGGGCGUUUCGGUAAAUCUGGGGUAGCCAUCAACUUGGUCGACGGGCCUCGUUCCAUGCAGGUUCUACAAUUUAUUGAGGCGCAUUUCAAACGACCUAUUUUAAGGCUGGAUGCUGAAGAUGUCGACGAGAUAGAAAAGCUCAACAAGGAUGAUUGAAGUUGAUUCCGAGUAUACGAAUAUCUGGCUGAGGUCUGAAUUGCCAUUUUGUUUUUAAUGCUUCGCCAGUGAAUGUUUUGGUUGGAUGUUUCGAAGGGAAAGAAGGAGAUCUAUGGUUUUUUAGGUCGUGUAACGCUGUACUGUCAUCGCUACCGAUUCUCAAAUACAACAUAAAACAUUUA